AUGCCUCCAAGGAAACAGCAGAAGACACUCAUUGGGACAGAGCACCAGAAGUACGCCUCUACUCUUCUUGCUGGCUACGAUUCAAGCGACUCCAGCGACUCAGAGGACCAACAGGGUGAGCAGGAUGUGGAUGCAAACGACCAUGGAGAUGCUGCUGAGCAUGGCGACAGCAAUGCUGAAGACAACGACGACGACAGCGACCACGACAACGAUGAUGGAUUCCAAAAUGUCAUAAUAACCCACAACGAUUCUACAGGCGCUAACCUCGAUUUCUACCAAGAUGAAUAUCAGCUGGAAAGAAAAUUACAUGCCAAAUCACCUGUUGAUACUGUCAAUCAUGUUGAUAGUCAGAACGAGAGUGAAGCUGGAGGUCAAGAGGAGUAUCGAUAUGAUAAUGAAUAUUUUAAUGACAGCGGUAACGAUAACCAUAAUGAAAGUGAUAGUGACAUCGACAAUGAAUUUGCUAUAAAUAUGGAUGAACUAAAUAAUUUUGAUACCAAUUAUACUCAAUUUGAUAACGACAAUAAAACUGGUAGUUCCACUAAUAAUAUUAAUAUUAAUACUGAUAAAAAUGAAAAUGAAAAUGAAAACAACAACAUCAUCAUCAACAAUGAAAAUGAAUUUAUUUCUUUAUUACAUGAUUCAAAAUUGGAUCCCUUCAAAUUGUGGGAUACUCAAGUCAAUUUACUAGUUAAUGAUCAAAGAUUUUACUCAAUUGAUUCAAAUAAAAAGAGAAAACAAUUAUUCGAUAAUUGGUCCAAUUUAAUAAUUAAAAAUACGUCUUCUUAUACUACCACUACUACGGCUAAUACUACUACUAUUACUGAUAAUAAUAAUAGUAAUAAUGACGAUGAGGAAUCAAAAUUUAUUCAAUUCAUUCAAAACAAUUUUAACAAAAAUCUCUUCUAUGUUGAAUUUAAAAGAAAACACAAAAAAAAUCAUUUAUUCAACUCUUUAAACUUGUCUGAUAAUCAAAAGGAAAAAAUUUAUAGAAAUUUUAAAAAAAAUUAUGCCUUAAAUAAAAACACUAAAAAUAAACUAAAACUGAAACGCAAACGUGAAAAAAAUUAA